CUGCUGAGGCAGCCCUUGCCGCUUGUGGAUACGCCGAAUAUCAACCUUCUCUGGGCUCGCCUCAUGAUUGAGGAGCUUUGCCGCCUGGGGGCCUCCACCUUCUGCAUAGCUCCAGGCAUGCCCCAGACUCUGAUUAAUCUUUUUACUCCGCGCGCGCGAAUCGUGCCCUGCAUUGAUGAGCGCUCGCUGGCCUUCUGGGCCCUUGGCUACGGCCAGGCCACCGGGGAGCCUGCGGUGGUGAUCACUUCGUCGGGCACGGCGGUGGCGAAUCUGCUGCCGGCGGUGGUGGAGGCAUCGCACAGCGGCGUUCCCUUGCUGUUACUCACCGCCGACCGGCCGGGGGAGCUGCGCGACACCGGCGCCAACCAGACCAUCGACCAGGCACGCCCUUGCCACCCUUGUUGUGUGAUGUGCGCGCAGGUGAAGAUUUUUGGUGGGUACACGAGGUGGGCGGCGGACGUUCCGGCGCCGGAUGCGGCCAUGCCGGCGCGAAUGGCGCUGACGACGGUGGACGCUGCUUACAGGCACGCCACAGGAGACGGACCCGGCCCCGUGCACCUGAACCUGCAAUUCCGAGAGCCGCUCGCGCCCUCACAGACCCCCUGGCCCAGCUCUGCUCUCCAGGCAUGCUCCCCUCUUGCUCAAGGGCUGGAGAGGUGGGAAGGGUCAGGGCAGCCCUUCACAGCGCCGGUCGUCCUGGCUGGUGCCCAGAGAGGGCUGCUGGUGGUUGCCCAGAUGGGCCACCCUGAGGACUGCCUUGCUGCACUCAAGAUAGCCCGUUCCCUGGGCUGGCCGGUGGUUGCAGACGUCCUGUCGGGUGCGCCCGCUGUUUCUUGCAGCGGCACUGCCCUGGAUUUCGCUGGGACUUCUUUUGAUAGUCAGCACAAAGUACUCAUGCUUCUUAAGUGCACUUCCUUAGCCUGUCGCUGCGCUGUAAAUGCAGGGCUGCGAGUGGGAGCCUCAGGGCGCAGUGACGUGGCAUUGGUGCAUCACUUUGACCACCUGCUCCUGGACAAGGAUGCCUUAUGGCCUGCCCUGCGCCCAGACGUGGUGCUGCAGCUGGGCGGGCGGCUGGUGUCCAAGCGGGCUGCCCAGUUCCUGGAGUGGGCUGCCCAGCCCUGCUUGGAGGAGGGCAGGCCUGCUGCCAAGUGGAUGUUUGCUGCGGAUGCUGCCCAGCGCCAUGAUGCCUCGCACCUGCUGUCCCACCACAUCCAGAUGCCCCUUCCUGCUCUGGCCACCCUGGCUUAUUGGAAAGCUCUCCUGCAGGUGCAGAGUGCCGAGAAGGGCACUGACGUGACCCUUGAUGACAUUCACGUUGAGAGUGCUGUGGGCGGCUGCAUGGAUAGAAGUGGUGGUUACUCAGAGCUGGUUCGCACACUUGACGGCUGUGCUGCUGCGGAGAUCAAUGCCGCGCUGGAGGAGUUGCAGCCUCUCACCGAGCCGCAUGUCGCCAGAGAGCUUUCCAAAGUCCUGCCCACAGGGACAGGGCUGUUCCUGGGCAACAGCAUGCCCAUCAGGGACAUGGACAUGUACGCUGCUCCCAGCGACAGGCAGGACAAUCCCAGCCAGCAGGGCUCGGUGACGAGCUCGGGCAUCGGGGCGGCGGUGGCGGCGAAUCGCGGCGCGAGCGGUAUCGACGGUGUCAUGAGCGCGGCGGCCGGCUUUGCGUACGGCCUCAGCCGGGGCGCCACCCUGGUCGUGGGGGACAUCUCCUUCCUGCACGAUGUCAACGGCCUCAACCUGCUGCGCACAGGGGAGAUGCGGCCGCCGCUGACGGUGGUGCUGAUCAACAACGCUGGCGGCGGCAUCUUCAGCUUCCUGCCGAUUGCCGACCAGCUGCCGCCCGACACCUUCUCCCAGCUCUGGGCAACACCCCAGAACGUCGACCUGGCCGGCAUGUGCAGGGCGCAUGGCAUAGCGCACCAGAGGGUGACUGAGCGGGUAGACCUGCGAAAGGCUUUGCAAGCAGCCUGGGCGCUCAACAAGCAUUCUGUAGUGGAGGUGAUUACUAAGCGUGACAGCAACGUUGGCCACCACCGCUCCAUCCAGGAGCGCGUCAGGCAGUCCCUGCUGCGCGCGCUGCGCACCGUCAGCGCCCCGGCAGGUGCGCUCCACAUGCCUCUUCCAACACAUUCCUGUGCAUUUGGAAUUAGUAAGAGUAAUUUAAUAACUCUUGAACACUUCUAUCCAAGCGGGAGCUUGCUGGCCAAGGAACUCCGCGUUACAGCGGCGAGCUACCGGCGUUAUGGCCUGCCGCUCCUCAAGCCGCUGACGACGGAUUUUGACAGGAAGCUGCGCGGAGGCUUCCUGCUCCAGAUCAGCGUGGAGUCAGACAAUGGGGUUCACUUCACUGGCAUUGGGGAGAUUGCCCCCCUACCUGGUGCGGCCUCCUCUUAG